UCACGCAUUAGACGACGAGCGCUAGCAGGCUAGCGGGUUAGCUGCUGCGGCUAAUCAUGGUGAACGUGAAGAAGCGGAAAGGUCGGGUCGUGAUCGACUCCGACUCCGAAGAUAGCGCCAGCGACGACAAUCUAGACCAGGAGUUGUUGUCUCUGGCGAAGAGGAAGAGGGUUGACUCGGGGGAGCAGGACGAGCCCGUCAGCAAACCGGCAGCUUCUACAGACUCUGAGACAUCAGACAGCGAUGAUGAGUGGACUGUGGGUGGGACCAAAGGCAAGAAGAAAGCCAAGCAGGGGAAAGGCAGUGAGAAAAAGAGCGCUACCAAGAAGAAGGUUAAUAAAGCGUCUGGCAGCUCGGAUGGAGGCAGCUCAGGGGACAGCUCCGCUCCGGAGGAAGGCGAGGUUUCGGACUCGGAGAGCAACAGCUCGUCCUCCAGCUCCGACUCGGACUCCUCCGAGGACGACGUGUUCAGGGACGGCUACGACGACGACCUGAUGGGCGACGCCGAGGACCGGGCGAGGCUGGAGCAGAUGACGGAGAAGGAGCGGGAGCAGGAGCUGUUCAACCGGAUCGAGAAGAGGGAGGUGCUCAAGAGACGGUUCGAAAUUAAGAAAAAGUUGAAGACGGCUAAGAAGAAAGAGAAAGAAGAGAAGAAGAAAAAGCAGGAGGAGGAACAAGAAAAGAAGAAGCAAUCUCAGGUUCAAGACACUCAAGUGGUCAUGUCGCACAACAAGGAACGACGAUCCAAACGUGACGAGAAGCUGGACAAGAAGUCCCAGGCCAUGGAGGAGCUGAAGGCCGAGAGGGAGAAGAAGAAGAACAAAACAGCUGAGCUGCUGGCCAAGCGCGAGCCGCUGAAGACGAGCGAGGUCUACUCCGACGAUGAGGAGGAGGAGGAGGAAGACGACGACAAGUCCUCGGUGAAAAGCGACCGGAGUUCGCGCUCUUCAUCCGACGAUGACGACGAGAAGGAGGAGACUCCACCCAAGUCCCAGCCCGUCUCCCUCCCGGAGGAGCUGAACCGGAUCCGGUUGUCCAGACACAAGCUGGAGCGCUGGUGCCACAUGCCCUUCUUCGCCAAGACGGUGACCGGCUGCUUCGUGAGGAUCGGCAUCGGCAACAGCAGCAGCAAGCCGGUGUACAGGGUGGCUGAGAUCGUGGACGUGGUGGAGACGGCGAAGGUUUACCAGCUGGGAACGACGCGGACGAACAAGGGCCUGCAGCUGAGGCACGGCGCCGACACGCGGGUCUUCAGGCUGGAGUUCGUCUCCAACCAGGAGUUCACGGAAAACGAGUUCAUGAAGUGGAAAGAGGCCAUGAUCGUCGCUGUGAUGCAGGUGCCGACUCUGGACGAGAUCACCAAGAAGGAGCAGUCCAUCAAGGAAGCUCUGAACUACAAGUUCAACGACAAAGACAUCGAGGACAUCGUCAAAGAGAAGGACCGCUUCCGGAAAGCUCCACCAAACUACGCCAUGAAGAAAACAGCGCUGCUCAAAGACAAGGCCAUGGCGGAGGAAAAUGGAGACGGAGACAAGGUGAAGGUGAUCCAGGAUGAGCUGAACGAGCUGGAGGAGAGAGCGGAGGCGCUCGACCGACAGAGGACCAAGAACAUUUCUGCCAUCAGCUACAUCAACCAGAGGAACAGAAGCUGGAACAUCGUGGAGUCAGAGAAAGCUCUGGUGGCCGAAGGACAGAACGCCAAAAACCAACAGAUGGACCCGUUCACACGGAGACAGUGCAAACCCACCAUGGUGUCUAACGCCCGAGACCCGUCGGUCCACGCAGCUAUUCUCGCCCACCUGAACCAGAAGUACGGCUCCGGAUCAGCACCGGACGGGUCUGGUGAAGACAAGAACCUGCUGGGUCAAGCUAACCUGAAAGACAAAGACGUUCCCAAGCCAAACACUGACCUCUCAGAAGACUUGUUCAAAGUUCACGAUUUUGACGUCAAGAUUGACCUCCAAGUCCCCAACGCUGAGGCCAAGUCUCUGUCGGUGAGCUCCAACGCUCUGCCGGUGAAGGACGGAGCUCCCCGCCGCUCCCUCAACCUGGAGGAUUACAAGAAGAGGAGGGGCCUCAUCUGACCCAGGAAACCAUGGAAACCCCCGGUGGUGCUGAGAGAGAGAGAGUGUGUGUGUGUGUGUGUGUGUGUACGUGUGUACGUGUGUGUGUAUGAAUGACUCCUGGAGGAUUUGAAUGUUGAUGCAACAAACUGUUCAUGCAAACAGAGGAAAUACUGAAUGAACAAAGACGUUUUUAUCCACGGAUCUCCCUCGGAAAAAAAACCUAUAGAUAUUUUUUUUGUGUCUUUUCACAGACAAUUUCUGGAGUCUUCUUUUUAAACAAAAAAAAAACAAAAAAGAAAUGAAUCUGACCUCCUCCCCACUCUUGGGGAGACCACUCCUUUUUGUUUGUUUGUUUUUUCCUCCAAAGGAGACACCGUUUUUGGAUUACUACCUUUGGACACUAUCUUAGAAGACGGAGAUUUUUGAGGCUUUUUGAAGUAACUGGACAUCUCAUGGAACCGAUGAACUUCUCCCUCCAACCAUGAAUUGAUGUAAAUCUUCUACGUCCCCCCCCCCAUAAAUGUUUUCUCUCCUGUCCCUAUAGUCCAUCCUGAACUUGGACGAGCAGGGUUUUUGCAGAUUGUAGAUGACCGAUGUCUCUGACUCGAGCUGGUUCAAGGACACGCCAGCGGGACGUUUGUCACCCGUCAGGUUCUUCAGAGAACCUGAUUUCAGAGGAAUUAUUUUAUGUGGUUGGGCUGAUUAUCAAGGUGUUGCUUUAUUUCUGUUCUCGUCGGGUUGUUUUCGGGAUAAGCUCCCCCAAGCCCUAAGUACCAGAGCAGAUUCUACAUGUAUCGAUUGUGUCCAUAGUAAGUUCCUGUAUUGAUGUGGCAUGCCAUGUAAAUAAGCAUUUUCGAGUGAGUGCGAAAAAAUAAAGAAGCACUGUUUCAUAA